UUAUGUAUUUGUCGGUUAUAAAAAUAUUGUUAUUAUUAUUAUUAUUAUUGAUUUAUUGUGUGAGAGCUGAUAUUGAAGACCACAGCAAUAAGUUGGAGGAUGUGAUCAUUAGGGAACACAAUGCACUUCGAAAAAGUCACCAAGGUUCUGCAUUGAAAAAAAUUACUAAUAAUAAAUACACUAGAAAUCGUUGUAAAGCUAAAGUGGGACAUCCAUUAGGAUAUUCACCGCCCGGUGCUGAUCCUCAAUACGGAGAAAAUGUCUAUCGAAUGAUUGGCAAAAAUUUGGAUUAUAAAAAGGUAGCCGAUUUGGUUGUGUUAGCAUGGAGUAAAGAUAAAAGUAACUACAAAUGGUUAUCAGAAAACCCAGAGUCACAACAUCUAAGUUUUACACAAAUGAUUUGGAAAGACACCAAAAAGAUUACAUGUGCCAUAUGUGGCCAAAAAACCAAGAAAAUAGAGGCAACUAUUAUAUGUAAUUACUUACCCCCGGGUAAUAUCAAAAAUAAAUAUAAGAAUAAUGUAUUCCAAUCAUUGGGUAGAAGUACUUCUAAUUAUGAAAAAUCGGUUAAUGAAGACGAUUAUAACAAAUAUAUUACAAAUAGUAAAACUAAAUUUAAUAAAGGAUAA